AUGGCUACAACUGCAGCUACAGUUGAGCUUUUCAUACCCGGAGUUGUGUAUAUCAGGGAUGCGGAUUCAAUUGAGUUUUUUCUUGACUACGUAAAUGAGUUUUUCAGCUGCGGAAAACCAUUUGGUGUUGCAGCAGCACGACGUCUCACAAGAANGAGCUCUAAACAGCUUGGACUUCCUCCUUAUUUAUUUGAUGCUGCGUCUUUUGGGCAAUGGUAUAGCUUUGCUGCUCUUAGCGAUGAUUUGACUCCGCCACUUAGAGUACGAAAUGCUGCCAAAAAGCGUUUUUUAGAUGUUACACCACCACCAUCGUUAACAUGGAUUGAAGAGGAUGGAAAGAGGGUACCAAUGUGGGGAGAGUUUCGUCUCCUUUCCCUCCAUAUUCAUGCGAAAAAUCUA